AUGACUGCGGCCGACGAGGAACACAAGUCGUUGGCAGAGCUCUUGGCGGAAGAGUACAGCGGACAGACGAAGGAGCAGCGGGAGGGUAACCGGUUUGACAAGUCAAAGCUGAAGAAGUUGCAGCUGUUGAUCGACCAGUCGAAAACGUUUUCGCAGAUAAUCUCGGCGUCCUUGAUCCAGAAGCAAACGCACGCGGAGGAGCCGGCGAAGAAGAAACAGAAGCCGGACACGCGGAAGACGUCGUCUGCGGAUGCGCACUCAUUGGACACGUACAGGCAGCCGAAGUCGCUCGUCAACGUGACGUUGAAGAGCCACCAGCUGCACGGCAUGAACUGGUUGAUCUCGCUGUAUCAGAACGGCCUAAACGGGAUUUUGGCGGACGAGAUGGGGUUGGGCAAAACAGUGCAGACGAUCUCGCUUCUGUGCUUCCUGCUGGAGCAGGGCAUCGAGGGUCCGUUUCUGAUUGUUGCGCCGUUAAGCGUGGUGUCGAAUUGGACGCUGGAGCUCUCCAACUUUGCUCCGUCGCUCUCCUUUGUUCCGUACGUGGGCGAUAAGAAGCACAGGCAAAAGCUCAGAAGGAAGUCGUUGAGGAAGUUCAACGUGGUUGUGACCUCGUACGAAAUUUCGCUGAUCGAUUUCCCCUACUUGAGAACCAUCUCGUGGUCAUAUUUGGUUGUCGACGAGGGCCACCGGUUGAAAAACGCAAACUGCAUGCUUUUCACGAAGUUGAAGGCUCUACAAGUGUCCAAUCGCAUCCUCCUCACGGGCACCCCGCUCCAAAACAACUUGGCAGAGCUCUGGUCGCUAUUGAACUUCAUUCUACCAGACGUCUUCCACGAUUUUGCUACCUUCCAAAGCUACUUCAACUUCUCCGAGUUUGAAUCUCUUGUCGAGGACAACGACGAGAAUAACUCCGAGUUCAACUCUCUUGUCUCGAUGGAGGUGAGGAAAGCUUUGGUGAACAACCUUCACACCAUUCUCAAACCGUUUAUCUUGAGAAGACUGAAGAAUGAGGUGUUAACACUACCACCGAAAAGGGAAUACAUAGUAUACUCGAAUCUUUCCCCCCUACAAUCGUUUCUUUAUUCAACUAUGCUCCACCCCGAGAAUGACUUCCGUUCAACACUUUUGAAAACGUUCUUCCCCCUCUACGUGAAGUACAACUUCCCUGAAUUGGAGAAACAUGUUGAGCAGUAUCUAGAAAUGACAGACUCUGCGAAGUCCAAAAAAGGAUUGACUGUAAAAACUGUGCAGGCAUUGAACACGCACUAUGAAUUUGUCAACUCGCAGAUCAAAUCCAAACGAAUCUCCAACCCUUUGAUGCAAUUGCGUCAACUAUGUGAUUCUCCCUAUCAUUACUUUUUUCCCUGGAACGAUGACACCAAAAUAACCUCGGAUUUGAUUUUGAACACUGCCAAAUUGCAAUCUCUUGACUCGUUAAUACCUGCGCUAAUAAAUAAAUACCCAAGAGAGAAGAUUCUAAUUUUCAGCCAGUUCAAAUCCACUUUGGAAAUUUUACAAACCUAUUUCGACGAACACCCUUCUAAUGACAAGGUGUACUCUUCAAAAACAAACGUGUUUCCGCUGAAAACAUGCAUUUUAACCGGCUCCUCGUCAAAAGAAGAACGUGAUGAUGCAAUUUCGACAUUUGAGACAGACCCAGACUACAAAAUCUUUCUUCUUUCAACAAGGGCCGCCAAUCUAGGCUUGAACUUAACUGCAGCCACCACUGUGAUUUUAUACGAUUCUGAUCUUAAUCCAAUGGUAGAUUUACAAGCUAUCGCACGAGUGCAUAGAAUUGGCCAAACAAAACCCUGUCUUGUGUAUAGGCUGGCGACUCUUGCCACCGUUGAAGAAGCCAUCUGGGAAAGAGUGAUCAAAAAGAGAGUCUUAGAAGGUAUUGUUAUUGAAUUAGGCGAGUUCAAUGGUUCAGAUCAGUGGGUUACUUCAGAUAACAAGAAAAUUAAACUCAAGAAAGAAUCUGUGCUGAGCUCACUAUUAAACUUUUACAGUUCCAGAAGAGGCAAAAGUGGUUUGAACCACUACACAGAUCCUUCUCAGUUGGUCACAACAUUAAAAAGCAAUUCAUUGACUGCUGAAGAGAUUGAAGAGGCGACUAGUCAUGCUUUGGAAAAGUACGAGGAGGGGCAUAGAAUAAAUGAAGCCAAAUUGUCCCACAUCAAAUUACUUUCAGAGAGUGAUGUUACAGGGCAAAGUGCUCUUGAUGAUGUCCUUAGUUAA